AAACCAUGGAAACCACGUGAGCCAUGGCCUGCAGAGGCUGGAGAGGCCCACUUCCUCAUUGGGAUGUGUCAUAUGGAACUGAAGCGAUACCUCGACUCAUUGGAAGCCUUCUCCAAUGCCAUUAAACUUGACUCCAGUUAUGCAGAGGCACUGUACCAGAGGGGUGUGGCCAGAACCAAACUGGGUAUGUCUAAAGGGAUACAGGACUUCAACAAGGCCCUUGCCAUCAACCCAAAAAUCUUUCAGGCAUAUUUAAGUCGAGCCUGUUACUAUGGUCACAGAAAGAAUUACACCAAGGCCAUUUUGAAUUGUAAUGAGGCCAUCAAGCUACAGACUCAGAGUGUGCGAGCUUUUCUUUACAGAGGAGCUCUGAAGUAUCACAUCAAGGCAUUUGACCUUGCGAUCCAGGACCUUACCAAGGCCACCAGUAUAGACAGUAGUUGUGCCCUUGGCUACUUCAACCGUGCUGUCUGUUACCAGGAGAAGAAGGAUUACCAGCGGGCCCUCACAGACUACGGAAUUGUACUGUUGCUAGGAGAUGACCUCAGAUUACAGGUUUUAAUCAAUCGAGGACUUUUGUACUUUGAGAGAAUGGAUUACACAAAUGCUCUAUACGAUUUCAAAAUGGCUGCCAAACUGAAAACAUCGGACCAGAGGAUUCUCCAUACACUUGGUCUUUGUUAUCACAAGAUGAACCAAUUAAAGGGAGCUCUGGCAGUGUUUACAUCCUGUAUAGAGAAGAACCCCGCCUUCCUCGACGGAAUCAUCGCCCGUGGCAAUGUAUACAUGGACUGUGGUGGGGAUGGUCUACGCUAUGCUAGACGUGACUAUGAGCGUGCCCUGUUGAGGGACCCACUGUGUUUGCCAGCUCGAGUGAACCUAGCCUACACUCUGCAGGUGUCUGGCAAGUUCAUGCAGGCCUGGACACAGUUCACCACUGCUAUAGCCAUACGCCCAACCUUCAAGCCAGCCCUGGAAGGUCGGGCCAUCAUCAAUCUACAGAUGAGUAACACGUUUGCUGCUUACCAGGACAUUAAUGCUUCCAUCAAAGUGGGUCCCACGGCUGAACUGUACACGAACCGGGGGGUCGUCAACCAGUUUAUGAAGGAUCAUGUGAACGCUAUGAGGGACUACCAGGCAGCGAUACAGAUGGACCCUACAUAUGCUCUGGCCUACUUUAACGCAGCCAAUGUCUACUUCCAUACACGACACUUCAGACAGGCUCACGACUACUAUACCAAGGCUAUUCUGAACAACCCCAAGGAUGAAUCUGCCUUCCUCAACCGUGCCAUCACGAAGGUGAUGCUACGGAAUGCUGAGGGUGCACUGUCUGACUUUGGUGAAGCCCUGAAACUGAGUCCUCACACAGCCCACAUGUAUUUCAAUCGUGGUAACCUGUACUCUUCUCUGGGUCAAUAUGAUACGGCCGAGGCAGACUACAGUAAAUCCCUCAGUCUGAAGCCAGAUGACGCACUGGUGUUGAAGAGAAGAGCAGAUGUGUUGGGAAAACUUGGAAGGAAAGGGGAGGCUAUAGAGGAUUACAGACUGGCUGUGGAAAUACAGAGUCGCAGGAAGUCCUAGUGGCUGUGGAGAUACAGAGUCGCAGGAAGUCCUAGUGGCUGUGGAGAUACAGAGUCGCAGGAAGUCCUAGUGGCUGUGGAGAUACAGAGUCGCAGGAAGUCCUAGUGGCUGUGGAGAUACAGAGUCGCAGGAAGUCCUAGUGGCUGUGGAGAUACAGAGUCGCAGGAAGUCCUAGUGGCUGUGGAGAUACAGAGUCGCAGGAAGUCCUAGUGGCUGUGGAGAUACAGAGUCGCAGGAAGUCCUAGUGGCUGUGGAGAUACAGAGUCGCAGGAAGUCCUAGUGGCUGUGGAGAUACAGAGUCGCAGGAAGUCCUAGUGGCUGUGGAGAUACAGAGUCGCAGGAAGUCCUAGUGGCUGUGGAGAUACAGAGUCGCAGGAAGUCCUAGUGGCUGUGGAGAUACAGAGUCGCAGGAAGUCCUAGUGGCUGUGGAGAUACAGAGUCGCAGGAAGUCCUAGUGGCUGUGGAGAUACAGAGUCGCAGGAAGUCCUAGUGGCUGUGGAGAUACAGAGUCACAGGAAGUCCUAGUGGCUGUGGAGAUACAGAGUCGCAGGAAGUCCUAGUGGCUGUGGAGAUACAGAGUCAUUAUUAAGGCAAUGCAGACACAAGGUCUCGUUAAGUGUCAGUGGGGAUUACUUGGAGGUCCAGAACACAGGAACUUGUUGUAGUUCUGAAAUUGAGGAAUGCGUAAUACCAAGUUCCAUGAGUACAGGGAUUUUGUCUCCAACUUCAACCAUACAAAGUUAAUUUUCUGUCCAGUAACAGUUUGUUUCCAUAUAUUUUAGCUCCUGGACAAUUAGCAUGGACAAUAAGAAAUGGUUUUGAAUUUCUGUUGCAGCUACAAUGAAGUGAAUUUGCGAUCUAAAUACCAAGUUUAGCCCUGACUUUGAUAUGACCUACAAGCAGGUUAUGGUGUGUGUUUUAUGAAUUUCAGUAUUUUUAACCAAUUCAGCCUUUAAGUCACAUUUAAAGCUUACCAAAUCAAAGACUGGGCAAGCCAAUUUUGAAAAUGUAGGGGUGCAAGAGAUGAUAUUAGCAAAGAUAUAUGUGUAUCAGUGCUGUUUAUGUAGGCGUGGAAUAGAAUAAAUGUCUUAUACUAAGUACUGUUGGGUGCCAAACAGUUCCUCCUACAGUUUCAUGUUUGUAGUCUAGUCUUUUUAGCUCACCUGGUCCGAAGGACCAUGGUGAGCUUAUGCCUUACAGCAGCGGCCGUCCGUCCAUCAA